UUUUCCCCAAAAAAAAAAAAAAAAAAAAGAAAAACCUAACAAAAAAUUAGGCGACAGUGUCGAAAAAUGGUUUGCCUGAGCGACCCGUUGGUACAGAAAAUAUGCUCCCUGUACGAGAAGAUCUCGAAGCUCGACAACCUCAGCCCGUCGAAAGAUGCGGACGCGCUUUUCACGGAGCUUGUCAAAACCUGCAUUCCGCCUCACCCGGUUGACGUCACCAAACUCUGCGCCGAAAUCCAGCUCAUCAGAACAAACCUAAUCAAGCUAUGCGGCACGGCGGAAGGCCUUAUGGAGAGCCACUACUCCACCAUACUAGGCUCCUUCGAAAACCCACUCGACCACCUCCACCUCUUCCCUUACUACUCCAACUACCUCAAACUCAGCCGCCUCGAAUUCGACCUCCUCCGCCCCCACUGCUCCUCCGCCGCCCCCCGCCUGAUCGCCUUCAUCGGCUCCGGCCCACUCCCCCUCACCUCCAUCGUCCUCGCCACCCACCACCUCAAGACCACAACCUUCCACAACUACGACAUCGACGCCUCGGCCAACGCCGAGGCGUCGAUGCUGGUCGGGGCCGACCCCGACCUGUCCGGGAGGAUGGAGUUCAUCACCCAGGACAUCAUGGAGGUGUCGGGGGCCGCCCUGAAGCAGUACGACGUUGUUUUCCUGGCGGCGCUCGUCGGGAUGGAGAUCGAGGAGAAGAUGCACGUGGUCGAGCAUCUGGCGAAGAACAUGGCCCCCGGCGCGAUCCUGAUGCUCAGGAGCGCGCACGGGGCUCGGGCGUUUCUGUACCCGGUGGUGGAGCCGAGGCAGCUCAGGGGGUUCGAGGUGAUGUCGGUGUUUCAUCCGACGGAUGACGUCAUCAACUCGGUGGUGGUUGCUAGGAGGUGCCCGAAGGUUGACCAGGUGGUCGGCGGCGGCGGUGGGUUUGGGCAUAUGGUGGUUUGCAGCAAGUGCUCUGAGAUCCAGCCGUUCAAUCCACUCUGCCAGAUGAAUUUGAUCGAUGACUUGGCUGUGGAAUUAGACCAUCUUUAAUUUAAUUUGAAGAAGAUCGUGAUCGCGCGUUAGUUAUAUAUGGAUUUCUACUCUACUUCAUUAUUAUUAUUAUGAUUAUUAAUAAUCUGAUCGAUCUCUCUUUUGUUUGGGCCAAAGCUGAUUAAUGCCUUUUCUUGAUGUUUUCUGUGUAAUGCCUGACUGGUUUGAGUGUUGGUUUACUUUGUAGAAUGUGUACGUGUCUCUGUUUUUCUUCUUCUUCUUCUUCUUCUUUUUUGUGUACUUUGUUUUAGCUGUUUUCGUGAUAUUUUGGUGAUAUUUUUAAGAAAUAACACGACCAUCUGGAGUUUGUCUGCGUGUCGCACACAUUUUGUACUGUUCGGGUCAAUUUGUAAUUUCGAUAAGUUAGAAACAUGUUUGAAUAGUAAAUUUCUAAAUAUUUUU